AGUGAAGAUUCAUAUGUUCAGCGCAGAGCCACAAACAAAGAGCUCUUGAGUGAUCGUCGUUGGAGAAUUUUAGAAGUUCUUGCAAGCAAAGAAAGGUAUAUGGCUGAAAAUAUAACCCCAGGAAUGUCGGAACUUUCCAUAAGCUCAGGGCAAGGAGGACCUAGAAUUAUUGUUCAGGGUGGUGCGUUUAAAUCGUAUCAGGACCGACCGGGACGAAAAGAAGAUUUUAUGAUAGGAGUAAAAGAAUCUGCCAAGGCGGGAUACGCUAUUUUGACCAACGGUGGCACGGCGGUCGAUGCUGUAGAAGCAGCAGUUCGUGAACUGGAAAACAAUGGGAAUUUUAAUGCUGGUUAUGGAUCGUAUUUGAACAACAAUGGUGAGGUGGAAUGCGAUGCAUUGAUUAUGGAUGGCAACACAUUAGAUACUGGUGCAGUGAUGAAUGGACGCUAUUUUCGUAAUCUUGUUUCGCUGGCCAAAAAGAUCAUGCAGGAUUCGCAUCAUUGUGCGUUGUCUGGUGAUGGAGCGCUGGAAUUUGCUUUGCGCCAUGGGGUAAGACUCUAUGAUCCGUCGAAAUUGAUCAGCGAGCGUGCCCGUGAGAAAAUUUAUAAGUACGAAGACUUUCCAAAAACUGUUCGCACUAUCUAUCCGGGAGGCCCCUUCGAAGAAGUGGGCGGUGAACAUGAUACUGUUUCACCUAAUGCUAUGGAUGCCGAGGGCGGUGAAUAUGAUACUGUUUCAGCUGUUGCUAUGGAUGCCGAGGGCCAUCUGGCGUGUGCGACGCCAUCAGAUGUUUUGUUAUCCGAAAUAACACGCCUUAAUGAGGAGCUUUCUAAAGAAAGAGAAAAAACACGGGAAAUAGAACGCAAACUACAGUCCCUCACGGAUAAACAUCCGGGAGGCCCCUUCGAAGGAGAGGGCGGUGAAUAUGAUACUGUUUCAGCUGUUGCUAUGGAUGCCGAGGGCCAUUUGGCGUGUGCGACGUCAUCAGGUGGUAUACCUGGCAAGCUGAAAGGUCGGGUUGGCGAUGCAGCGCUUGUUGGUUGUGGAGGUUACGCAAAUAAACACGGAGCAGCCACUGUAACUGGACAUGGAGAGUCAAUAAUGAAAAUGACUCUGGCAAGAGAAGUUGUUUCCAUGAUGGAAGAAGACGAGGGAAAAGAAUCAAAAGAUGCUCAGGAAUCUGCAGAAAUCGCUUCAAAGAAAUUGCUUAAACACUUUGGUUUUUGCGGUGCUUGUGGUGUAAUUGCUAUAGAUAAAAAUGGAAAAUUUGGGAGAGAAUUCACAACUAAAGCUAUGCCAUGGGCGAGCAUCGUGGGAAAGCAAAUGGAAUAUGGUAUGGAUCCAAAUGAAAGAAAAACUGAGUUCCUAUGAAACAAUUUUUAUGAACAAUAAAGGCCUAUAUGAGUUUCAUACUUAUUUUCUUUCAAAAUAAUAUGUUUCAUCGUAUACUUAUACCUAUUAAAUUCAAUGAGGAA